AUGGUUGCCGACAUGCUUCAUUCAGAUAAUGAGUGUAAUGAGGUUAGAAUUGAUAUAGAUAUUGAAUGUGAUGAAACUAUUGAAGAACCUACGGUUGAAAUGAAAUUUUUAAAUGUAGAAGAAGUUCGGUCUUACUAUUUGAAGUAUGGUAAGCAGAAGAGGUUUGGGGUGUGUAAAAUGAAUUCUAGACAAGAUGACAAUGGGAAUAUCAGAUGGUUAUGCUUAGCAUGUGCGCAAGGAGGCAGUUCAAAGAGUAAGGCUGUCAAUGUUAUGAAACCAAGACAGAUAGAAAAGAUGGGAUUUAUGGCUAGGAUUAAUGCGAUAUUGAAUUAUGAAGGUGGAUAUAUCCUAUCUAAAGUGACCUUGGAUCACACACAUGUUUGUAGUCCAAGAAAGGCAAGACAUUUCAGAUACUUUAAAAAGGUUGAUGCUCGUGUGGCUAAAAGACUUGAAAUAAAUGACGAAGUAGGAAUAAAAUUGUCUAAAAAUUUCAAGGUUGUGGUUGUUGAGGUAUGGGAUAACGAGAAUGUGCUAUUCGGAGAGAAAGAGUGUCGAAACUACAUUGACAAAGCACGACAACUUCGCCUCGGGGUUGGUGUUGUUGCAGCUCUAUACGCCCGAAGUAGAGCCGCGUAUGAAUCAUUCGAAGAUAUGAUUACAUUUGACACAACAUAUCUGACUAAUGCGUAUAAGGUGCCUUUUGCACUAUUUGUGGGUCUGAACCACCAUUGGCAGUCAAUCCUAUUCAGGCAUCGCUUCUGCCUGUGGCAUAUAAUGAAAAUGCAUCUUGAGAAAUUUGGAUCACAUUAUCGAUAUGAGGAAAUCAAGAGUACUCUACGUAAAUGUGUUUAUGACUCUUUCAGUGAGCAUGAAUUCAAGGAACGAAUCUCAAUUACACAGCAAAGUGAAGGCAUGAAUGCAUUUUUCAAUGACUACGUUAACUCUAGAAUAACUCUGAAACAAUUUGUUGACCAAUACGAUUCAACUCUUGGGAGGAAGGGUGGUAAAACUACAUUCGUAGUUGCCAACGAGGUUCAAGUUGGUGAUGAUUUGUUAAAACGUGCAAUCUUUACUGUCAAAGUUGAUCAAGAUCCCCUUGAUGUUAAAUACAGUUGCAAGUUGUUUGAGUUUAGGGGCAUAUUAUGCAGUUAUGACACCAAUAGCAUUGAUGAUGCCCGAAUGUACGAUAGGAUCCCGAAUUGCUUCUAUAAACUGUGUUCCAAUGUUUCAAAGGCCGAGAGCAGUUGUGUGAAAUUGAUUAGCCAGAUAAAACAGUUGAAGGUACAGUACCUUGGUAUCGCUGAUCCAGCUACUUCCAUGGGGGACACGACAGUUGAUCUAGCUAUUUCCAUGUGGGAACAAUAG